AUGGGAUGGCCUUUCAUUGGAGAAACCCUUUCUUUCUUCAAGCCUCAUAGAUCAGACUCCAUUGGCACAUUCUUGCAGCAACGUAUUUCACGUUAUGGAAAAGUGUUCAAGUCAAAUCUAUGUGGUGGCAAAGCCAUUGUCUCAUGUGACCAAGAACUCAAUAUGUUCAUUCUUCAAAACGAAGGGAAGUUAUUUACAUCGGAUUAUCCAAAAGCGAUGCAUGACAUUCUCGGCGAAUAUUCCCUCCUAUUAGCCACCGGAGAGAUCCACAGGAAACUAAAAAAUGUAAUCAUUAGCUUCAUCAAUCUCACAAAGUCGAAACCCGAGUUUCUUCUCUGCGCAGAAAACCUCUCUAUCUCGAUGCUAAAGUCAUGGAAAAAUUGCCGAGAAAUCGAAUUCCAUAAAGAAGUUAAAAUGUUUACUCUGAGUGUUAUGGUAAACCAACUCUUGAGCAUCAAACCAGAAGACCCAGCAAGACGUUAUGUAUUGAAAGAUUUUUUAUCUUAUAUGAAAGGGUUUAUAUCGUUACCAAUACCACUUCCAGGAACGGCCUAUACAAACGCAAUUAAGGCUAGGAAGAGACUGUCCGCGAGGGUUAUGGGGAUGAUAAAACAAAGAGAGCAUGACGAAGAAGAGAUGAAGAAGUCACUAAGAGAAGAAGAUUUUCUAGAUGUGAUAAUGUCAAAUGAAGAUCUAAAUUAUGAAGAGAAAGUUAGCAUUGUACUGGACAUUUUGCUUGGAGGCUUUGAAACAAGUGCCACUCUACUUUCCUUAGUUGUCUAUUUUCUAGCAAAUUCUCCAAAUUUUCUUCAAAAACUCAAGGAAGAACAUGAAGCCAUUAGAGCCAACAAAGGUGAUGGGGAACUCUUGAAUUGGGAAGGCUAUCAGAAGAUGGAAUUCACUCAAUGUGUGAUGUCUGAGGCACUGCGAUGUGAAUAUGUGAUUCCAAAGGGAUGGAAGGUGUUUCCUAUAUUCACAGCAGUACAUCUUGAUCCAUCUCUUCAUGAGAAUCCAUAUGAAUUUAAUCCCAUGAGAUGGACCGACAAGGGGAAGAUGAACAAGAAAACGACGGCGUUUGGAGGAGGAGUAAGGGUAUGCCCUGGUGGUGAACUUGGAAAACUCCAAAUCGCUUUCUUCCUUCAUCAUCUAGUCCUCUCUUAUAGGUGGAAGAUAAAGUCAGAUGAAAUGCCAAUAGCGCAUCCGUACGUGGAGUUUAAGAGAGGCAUGCUUUUGGAGAUCGUCCCAACCAGUUAACUCCAUGAACAAUUAGCUGC